CAUUUCAUUUAUCAGGAUGCUGGGUGAUCACAUGAAGAAACAAUUUAUAAACCAAACUAGUUCUAAGCCCUUUUCCACGCCUUUCAGCUUUUCCUCCCUUUCUGGAGGAUCACGUCAUGUUGUGAGCAUCUCUUGUGGUAUUUAAAGAGUCCGCGCUUCUCGUCUUGCGGAGCGGAGAGAGCGCACCGGGCCGCAGCUGAACCACUCAGCCUUCCGGAGCUCUGUUGUGGGCGGAGACUGACGCCCCAAAAAGGUCCGCAGCCAGAGCGGGCACCGAGCAUUUCGGGACUCCCCUCCCUCACACGCACACACACACACCCUCACACACAAACACAACGAUCAAACUAGUCAAUCCGUCCGAGGAACGAGGCAUCAUGGCAACGACCACUUGUACGCGUUUUACUGAUGAGUACCAGCUGUACGAGGAGCUCGGCAAGGGGGCCUUCUCAGUGGUGCGUCGCUGUGUCAAACUCUGCACAGGCCAAGAGUACGCCGCCAAAAUCAUCAACACCAAAAAGCUCUCCGCCAGAGACCAUCAGAAGCUGGAGAGAGAGGCCCGGAUCUGCAGACUGCUCAAACACCCCAACAUCGUUCGUCUCCAUGACAGUAUCUCAGAGGAAGGCUUCCACUACCUCAUCUUUGACCUGGUGACAGGUGGGGAGCUGUUUGAGGACAUCGUGGCUAGAGAGUACUACAGUGAAGCAGAUGCCAGUCACUGUAUCCAUCAGAUUCUAGACAGCGUGUCUUACACCCACCAACAUGACAUAGUGCACAGGGACCUCAAGCCGGAGAACCUGCUGCUGGCCAGCAAGUGUAAGAAUGCAGCUGUGAAACUGGCUGACUUUGGACUGGCUAUUGAGGUUCAAGGAGAACAGCAGGCUUGGUUUGGCUUUGCAGGUACUCCUGGUUACUUGUCCCCAGAGGUACUGAGGAAGGAGGCGUAUGGAAAACCUGUAGAUAUCUGGGCAUGUGGUGUGAUCCUUUACAUUCUGUUGGUUGGGUACCCUCCGUUCUGGGACGAGGACCAACACAAGCUAUACCAGCAGAUCAAAGCUGGAGCGUACGAUUUUCCCUCUCCAGAGUGGGACACAGUGACUCCUGAGGCUAAAAAUCUGAUCAACCAGAUGCUGACUAUCAACCCUGCCAAGAGAAUCACUGCCCAAGAGGCUCUGAAGCACCCAUGGGUCUGUCAACGCUCAACAGUGGCCUCCAUGAUGCACAGACAGGAGACAGUCGAGUGCCUGAAGAAGUUUAACGCCAGGCGGAAACUGAAGGGAGCCAUAUUAACCACAAUGCUGGUCUCCAGGAACUUUUCUGUGGGUCGACAGACCACGGCUCCAGCUGCCGUCAGCGGGGUGGCAGGAACCACCGCUGGCAUUGUGGAACAAGCAGCCAAGAGUCUCCUCAACAAGAAGGCCGAUGUCAAGCCCCAGACAAACAGCACGAGAAACAGCAUAGUCACCAGUCCCAAAGGCAACAUCCCUUCUGCUGCACUGGAGCCACAGACUACUGUUAUCCAUAAUCCAGUAGAUGGGAUCAAGGAGUCAUCCGACAGCAGUAACACCACCAUUGAAGAUGAGGAUGUAAAAGCUCGCAAACAGGAGAUCAUAAAGAUUACGGAACAGCUUAUUGAAGCCGUCAACAACGGAGACUUCGAGGCCUAUGCGAAGAUCUGCGACCCUGGCCUUACCUCAUUUGAGCCUGAGGGGUUGGGAAAUCUGGUAGAGGGCAUGGACUUCCACAGAUUUUACUUUGACAAUCUCCUUUCCAAAAACAGCAAACCCAUCCACACCACCAUCUUAAACCCUCAUGUGCACAUGAUCGGAGAGGACGCCGCCUGCAUCGCCUACAUCCGCCUGACGCAGUUUAUGGACAGCCAGGGCCAUCCCCAUUCCAGCCAAUCAGAAGAGACCAGAGUAUGGCACCGUAGGGACAGCCGGUGGCAAAACGUUCACUUCCACUGCUCGGGAGCCCCUGCUGCACCGCUGCAGUAAUGAGCCAGCCAGAGGAGAACGAACCUAGCAGAUGAUCUGAGAGAAGGCUUCAGCUCUGAGAGAGAUGUGCAGGUGGAUGAAAGGGUGGGUUUGAGGAUUUUUGGGAUUGGGGUCGUCCUCGUGCACUCUGCACACCCAGCUUGUGCUUCUCUCUCUGCAGCCACAGCAGACUGUUAAAACAACACCUAACCUACAGCAGGGGUCCAAUAUCAGCUGUGGCCAGAAAGCUCUAUAUGUCUGCAUCUCAUCCUCAGCUGGACUGCAUGCGACCGAACACCUGGACUACACCUUUCCUUUAUCUUGUCACUCUGACGUGUGGCACCCUCCUGUUGAUGCUUUUCCUUCUCUUCUAUUAUAUUAUGGAUCUAGAUGUUAUUAUGGCUGCAGUCUCUUGUUGUGCCCUUUCUACUGUACAGUAUAUUUAUUACCCAUUUUAAUCCCUUUCUUUCUUCUUUUUUAUGACAAGCAUGACUCCUACCUGUACUCUUAAUAUUAUCGUGGCCGUUUUUUCUGCACGACUAAAGCUGCCUGUGUGAAGCGAACAAACAGAACCACAACACUUACAGAGAGAGACAUGUGGGUGUAUUAACUAGGUGUUUUGUUACUUCUUUGUUGUUUUUAUCCUCUUUAUCUGGAGUGUUGUUGACCCCGAACUGACGCCUCCGUGUACCCCCGGACCCCACCAAGCUGCUCUGUGAGACAGUGAUAAACCAUGCUGCUUGCUACAAUAUUCCUGUUGUUCUUAAAGAUUUCCUGUGUGUUUACCUGCUGAAACUAUGGCAACAGUUGAGAUAUACACCCUCCCGCUGUGUAUGUAUAUAUCCGGUUUCAUUGUGGCGGUAUUUACUUGCAUGAUAUUUCCAAGUUAAUGCAUCACUAAAUUGGAUGUUAUUGUGCAUUUGGUUGACUUUUUCUCCCAUGGACUGAACUGCCGGUGAGCUUUAAUCCUGGUUUCCUGGGCUGUGUAAAUGUAGAUCCUGUUAUAAUUUCAGUAUGAAAAAUGGAUGUAAGCAUUUUUGACUCUUUCCUGGUUCCUAUAUAGAGUAUGAAUGGAUCUUUACUGUUUAUUAAGCAAAAAUAAUAAUAAAAAAAUCAUUUCCCAGUU